CCCAAAGAUCCGCAACUUGUGUGAAGGAAGAACCAAGGAACAGAACAACUUUGAAUCGAUUACAGACACACCACCAUGGUGAAGAACCGGAACUACCAAGUCCGCGUGGAGGAGAGUGCAGCUCGUCGCAAGGAAGCGAAAGAACGCAAGAAGCGAUCCGACGAUCGACGACAGUACAAGUCUCUGGCGCAAGAGUUGUUGAAAAAGUUGGAUUCGUUAUUAUUGCCGUUACAGUUACAAUUGCAAUUGCAACAGCAGGAGACACUGGUGUUGCAUCUGUGGACGGACAUUCCAGGUGCGUCGGUAGAAGAAGAAGAAGAAGAAGAUGACACUAGUAGCAAGUCGAAUCGCCGCAAUCGAUCGGCGUCCGUCGGAACUUCACAAGAUGCACCCCAUAAUAAGGGGCGGUCCCGAUCCAAUUCGGUUCCUUCUGAAGCUCACGUCAUGAAUAGCAAGUCCAAUAAUAAGGGAGGAAAGAAACAAGACCGCUUGGGCAACAGCAGCAGUCAGGAAACUUCGGCUGCUCCACUGCUGUGUCGACACCACUUUUUUAAAGGAAACUGUCCUCUGUCGUCGUCAUCAGGCUCCAAUGCGGGACGACGAAAAUCGUCCUCUUCUUGUCGUUAUGUCCACUAUUACGAUGAUGACAAAAAACACAACAACUGUGAGGAAAGAACGCGGCAAUACACCCUCUUUCAGGCUGUCGGUCAAGCGGCAGCCGCAUCUCUCCCCGAGACACUCCAAGAAUCGGAUCCUCAUGCCAUGGAAAUGCUCUACAAUCAUCACUUGACUCUACCUGUACGACUGUCACUCGAAGAAGGCAAAGUCAAAGACAACCAGACUAGUCUUCUCAGUAGUCUCGUCAGUUCUCUCCUGCAAGAAAAAGCGCUCCAUCUUUCCAGUAUUGUCUAUGCCAGUCUGGGACGUGCCAUGGUCUAUGAUCGCACCCGGGGAGGCUGGCUGUGGCCCGACAACGACGACAAUCAUAAUAAUAAGGACAUCCAUGCCGCCGUUUUGGGGGGUCAUCAUCAUACCAGUACUACUACUACCAGUAUGAUGAGACGCAAAGAUUCCAUCCGCAGCGAGUACAGUCAAGAAGAGCUGGAGAGCAUCGUCCGACAUCUUCCCGGAGCCGUGCUGGAAACCAUAUUGACCUUUUUGCCCGAUGCCGCCGUCGCUAGUGUCACCCGCGUCUGCACUGCCUGGAAUCGCGAAAUUGGACAACAGUCGCCCAAUCUCUGGCGGCAGUUGCUCGCACGACAACAGUGGCCACUGCCACUGCAUGAUGACAAUGACAAUGACAACGACAACACAACACAACUCUAUCGGACCGCCUACCGGGAUCACUACACGGCGGUGCGCAAUCUACGAGCCAUCCAACAAGGUUUGGCCGUCUUUUUGCAGCUGCAACAGCAGCAUACUUCAAAGAAGCCAGCUAUUAAUAAGGAACUAUCCUAUCAAGACUUUUCGAGUCGCAAAGGGGCUCCCGCUCCUGGAAAUGCCUGUGCCAGCGUGAGAAUCUGGUCGGCCAACCGUGUUUUGGCCGCCUACGAAGACGACUGCUCGUUGCGAUUGUUUGAAACGAAAAAGAAUUCCAGUACUACUGCCAAUAGUACUGCCAACAACACUGGAUUGGUCUGUCGGGAGUUGGUGUGCCAGAGUAUGGACCUCACUCGUCAUACCAAGAAACUACAGUGUCGGUUGCGAAACAUGAUUCUGGAUGAAAACUGCAUUAUUGUCUUGUUGACACAAUUUGACUUAUUGGCAGAGAAUAGCAAGAGUCGGGAGCUGUUGGUCGGCACGAGUCGGGAAGCAUUCUUGUGCGGUGCCGCGGAAGAAGAAGAAAGCAGCAGUGUCUCCACGACUACUACUAUUAUUGAUGUGGGGGACACGGUAUUAAAAUAUCUGCUGGAGCAUUCCGAGCUCCUCGACCCCAACUGUUUUCGGAUUCUGUUGGAUUUUAUCGAAGAUGGCGGUGACAUCAGCGAUUGGACUGUGCGAGUUUCCAAAGAAUUUGAAUCAGUGGGACCAGGGCUGGUCCUAUUCGAAGUUUCCAUUUACGGCCCAGGAGGAGGGUUGUUGCUCAUGGAUCGGAAACUCGUCAGUUUGACCGUGGAAUCCGGGGCCAUUCUUUGGGUUGGUGACAGUCUUCCCGAGUAUCGGAGCGACGCAGUGGUAUCGCCCGAUGCGGCUCGGAUCAGUGUUGCUGCUGGACAGAGCAGUCACGAGACUUGUUGUUGUUGUACGGUGGCGGUCUGCUCCAACUCCUCGCCGUCCGUCUAUGUGGGAAAUUCCAAUUCACCCUGUGAAAAGCUGGAGUGGACAACUGUGGAUGUAUCCCUUGGCUAUCCUCGGGACUUUGAUCGACCCGUUGCAAAACCUAAUCGGUUGGUUGUGGCGACAAGCAAUAAGAUUCUUUGCAUCGAUACAUGGGUCCGCCCCAGAGGGAAGACAAUCAUCCUGUUCUACAAUUCAUGCAAUGUUGGAUCCGGCGCUGAUUGCGAGACUCUGUCGCUGGUCGGGGAACUCGUCGCAUUCAAAUUGACCUGUCCCGACGACCGCCAUGCCCUUCUAUUGUGCUACGAUUUUACACCUCCCGAACAGGACCAGGAGCGUGGUAACAAUCCACUCGACGCGGCUGAACCGUCAGCAGCGGUUUGCGCCAUCCUUGUGGAUAUUUCAUCUGGUGUGGAAAUGGAACGUGAGACAUGGGUUCCAAGGCAAAAACUAUCUGCCUGUCCGAUGUGGAAGACUAUGGUUGCUGCCGAAGUUGGUACGUUGGCCGUUGCUUUUAACUCCAGGGGCAUCAUUAUGACAGGUGAAAGUGUUAGGUCGGCAGGCGACAGUCGAGACCCAUUAGAUGGAUCUGCAACCAACUUUGCCUCCUCGCCGCCCCGUUCCCUGAGGAAAAAGAAGAAGAACAAGGCUGCCAGCGCCUCCAAAAAAGAUGGAUUUGUUCGCGGCAAGCGAAUGUAUUUCUAGGGGAAGUCACACUCGAAUGGAGUAGCCAGGGCCUUGACGGACGGCCGCACAACCAAAACUAUGUAACAAUCGACUUCCUUCCUGCUUCCUUUUCUUAAAAAGAGAGUAUGACGUGGUUACGAUGUGAAACUGCCAGACAUGAACAGCAUUUGCUCCAUCGGAAGAACUGGCGGUACGGUGCGUAUCUGAAGUCCAGGAACCACCACAACCCCGUCUCUGUGCCCGCCAGGUUGAUCCCCUAGAGCUGGCGACAACCGCCGGAUACGACAUGGAAUUAAAAUAAGUUGGUCGACCGCCCCAGUCAGGCGAAGCUGAACACAUUUGCGUCGUGGCCUACCCCGCCAUGAUUGUAAUUCAGGCAACCGACCCUCGCUCUACGGCGCAAUCUUCAGCUUAUCAUUUGGUGCUAUUGUACCAGUAUCUACGAUUUAUACUACCGCUGGAACGAAAGAAAACCAACCUAGAAGCCCCCAGCGGCAACCAACUAGAGGCCACCUAUGGAUAUUACAUCAUGGACACAGUACGGGAAGGCAGGGUUGUCCUCCUUGUACUUGGAACAGGUCAACUUAGCAGCCUCGAUAGCGAAGCUCUCUCCAAGACGACGCUGCGGAGCUGCCCUUGGAUAAGGGAAACGGCGCUUCUAGGGAUACUGGGGAGCACAGACGACGUUGAAGAUCAUGGGUUCAUCGUCACGGAUUUGUCAGUCUUUUCUUAGAGCAUUCAUGCCAUUGCAGUGAUCGGUUCCAUCGCGAGACAACAUCUCGCCGUUGAUGUUGCCCAUGAGAUCAGAGACGGGUCCUGUCCACACCUGAGAACCUGACUGACACCAUCUUCUUAAAGUUGAACACGUUGAUACAAGCAGAUCGGAGAAGAAGGAAAGAUCGCACAGUGAGCCCAAAGUCAAUUUGCAAUUCCAAAGGUGAACCAUCGCAGACAAUGCCCUUUUCGGGGUUGACAACGAUGUCAUACUCGUGCUUCAUCUGGUUGACCCGGAGUGCUAGAUGGGGAAGAGUGGGGGAUGGAGCGACCGCCCAAAGCAUCUUCAACCCCAGUGACAAAAUAUUCAUCAUACCUGCCGCCCUCAAGGACACCAUCUCCAAUCUUCACAGCAGCGGCCUCCGUGUAAGAAUAGUCCCAUUCAAUCGUUAUCCGGACGCCAACAUCCAGGUCAAGGUCUUUGUCAAACUCGGGAGCGUGAACCAGUUUCAAGAAACAUUCCUCGAGGACGAAAGAGGCCGAGCAACAUGAUUGGAAUCGAAUCUUGGUUGAACGCUUCAAAAGUACUCGUUCGGACCUCGACUUGUGAAAGGCCAAACAGGAUGUGCUGAAUGCGAAGUAUGUAGGUGUUUACAUCCCUGUUCCUUGUUGAUGUCAUCCGCAUUGCCCACCAACCGAUACCGUCAGGACGACAAGCGUCAUCAGCUCGCAGUGAAUUGAAUCACUUGCCAAUCCGAAACGUUUCCCUGGAACUCCAGCUCGCCAAGAAAGGAAUCACUGUUCUUUGCUUCGUAGAUAAUUUCCCUACUCUAAACCCCUCCAACAUCACUUGCC